AUGGAGCAGUCAGGGAAUAAUUUGGCUGCUACAGUGAGGGAGGAAAAGGAACUGGAUAUACAAACAGAGGACUUGGAAAAUGCAAGUACUUUUGAGAAACAUGCGUUGAGUUCUCCGACUGACAAAGAAGAGGUAGUUAUGCUGGACACUCGGAAAGAUGAGCAGGACAAAGAAAGCCCCUCCGAGGAAAGUAAAUUUAAUAAUCCACCUGCUGAAAAGCUGGAGGGAGAGACGUUUGAUAUCCAGAAAGAAAAACAAGUUAAAUCACAAAAUGAAAUGAAAUCUUUGGAAGUUGGAGAAAAAAUUGGUGAAACAGAGAGUAAGAAGAGAAUAGAUGACUCAAAGGAGGGUGAGAAUGAUGAAGCAGAUUCAAAAGAAACUAACAAGAAUCUUGAGGAAAAUGUUUACGGAGGGGAAGAGGAACCUGUCUUUGAUGGGACUGAAAUCCCUGGAAUGGAAGCUAAUAGAAGUUUGUCUUUGAGAUCCGUGGAUCAUGAAUUGGAGGGGCAGGGACCUGCUUGGCCUGAGAAGGCAGCUGCUCUUACAAAUUUUCUAAAGGAAAAGAGCGCAGUUGCAGUCUCCUCUUUUGUGCGCCGCCUUUCUGGGAAAAGUGAUACUGGACAGGAUGUUCAUGAUGAAGAUAAAAAUCACGACAAGGACACUGAUGGUAACAUGAGUAAAAAUACUUCGCCAGAAACUGAAGCACAAGAAGUCUCUAAGAAAUCUGCAGAGAGUUCUAGAUGGAACCCUCUUAGCCGUAUUGGGAUUUCACGUGACGCUUGGGGUGAAAACAAGUCAGUACAGGAUCAUUCUAUAGAGGACUUAAUACAACCGAUUGCCAUGAAAGGACGAAUUGUGUUGUAUACAAAGUUAGGGUGCCAGGAUUGCAAAGAGACACGAAGAUUUCUGCAUGGGAAAAGACUCAGAUAUGUUGAGAUCAAUAUUGAUGUGUAUCCUAGCAGAAAGCAAGAGCUAGAGAAGAUUGCUGGAUCUUAUGCUGUUCCUAGAGUGUUCUUUAAUGAAGUACUUAUUGGUGGGUUGGCCGAGCUGAAGAGCUUGGAGGAAUCCGGUAAGCUUGGAGAGAAGAUUGAGUAUGUUGUUACUGAAACACCAUCAUUUGAAGCUCCUCUACCACCACUAUCUGGUGAAGAUGACCUGUCGAGUAGUGGAGCUAUUGAUGAGCUAGCUCUUAUUGUUCGAAAAAUGAAAGGAUCUGUUUCUGUUAAGGAUAGGUUCUAUAAAAUGCGCAGGUUCACCAACUGUUUUCUGGGUUCAGAAGCUGUAGAUUUUCUAUCAGAAGAUCAAUACCUAGAGAGAGAAGAGGCUAUUGAAUUUGGUCGAAAGCUUGGAAGCAAACUCUUCUUCCAACAUGUUCUUGAUGAGAAUGUGUUUGAAGAUGGCAAUCAUUUGUAUCGGUUCUUGGAUGAUGACCCAUUAGUCUCUCAGUGCCAGAACAUCCCAAGAGGCAUUAUCGAAGUGAAACCUAAACCCAUAGUAGAAAUUUCAUCGAGGCUUAGGUUUUUGUCUUAUGCAAUAUUAGAAGCUUACGCAUCUGAAGAUGGAAAGCAUGUUGAUUAUAAAAGCAUCCAUGGGAGUGAGGAAUUUGCAAGGUACCUGAGGAUAACUGAGGAGCUUCAGCGUGUAGAGUUGUGUGAGAUGCCAAGAGAGGAAAAUAUUGCCUUUUUCAUAAAUCUUUAUAAUAUGAUGGCCAUUCAUGCUAUACUUGUCUGGGGUCAACCUUCUGGAGCACUGGAAAGAAGAAAACUUCUUGGAGACUUCAAAUAUGUAAUUGGUGGAUUAACGUACUCACUUUCAGCAAUUUACAAUGGCAUUUUGAGGGGCAAUCAAAGACCACCAUACAAUCUCAUUAAGCCAUUUGGUGUAAAAGAUAAGCGAUUAAAGGUAGCUCUUCCUUGUCCAGAGCCUCUUGCUCAUUUUGCACUGGUUUGUGGUACCCGAUCUGGGCCUGCUCUUCGAUGCUACUCACCACAAAACCUUGAUGAAGAAUUGAUCGAUGCUGCUCGUAAUUUCCUUAGAACUGGUGGACUAUAUGUUGAUUUAAUUGCAAACGUUGCGUAUGUUAGUAAAAUACUAAGAUGGUACAGUGUAGAUUUUGGCAAGAAUGAGGUCGAGGUACUGAGACAUGCUGCAAUCUACUUGGAGCCGGUGGAGUCUCAAGCUUUACUUGAAUUGCUUUCAAAUACUCAAUUGAAAGUGAUUUACCAGCCUUACGAUUGGGGAUUGAACCACUGA